AUGGGCCCAGGCACAUCUACUACAGCGACCGCGCGGCCAUUUUUCAGAGUACUAGGAAACGCAAAGCUCAAAUUACUUGCUGUGUUCCUAACCGUCUCGACUAUCCUCCUCCUCACACUAUAUUCGGGAGGAUUGGUAGGAAACGUCUCACCUGGCGCAAAAGACGAGCUUGCGGACGUGGAAGACUACUGGACAUGGGAAACGAGAACCCAAUUUCGGAAACUUCAGCAUGGAAAUGAAAUCGAAUCCACAGGGAGAUCGCAAAAUGAAACCUGUGCCGCUUUCCCAUCGUACCUGUUAUCGCGCAUUCAGAUUACUUUAAAAACCGGCGCAACCGAAAACCCAAACCGAGUCAACACACACAUGGCCUCUGUAACUCGCUGCAUUUCCAACUUGCUAGUUGUAUCAGACAAGGAGACUGAGCUCCACGGCCAUCAUGUGCACGAUAUCCUAGCCGAUUUGCCACUCUCGGCCCGGAAUAAGAUCUCGGAGUUCAAAGGGUAUGAUGCGCUACAGCGCGGGGAUAGCAAUAUCACCGGCACGGCGGGGUGGAGACUCGAUCGAUUCAAGUUCCUGCCCAUGGUGGAACGGGCUAAGAAAGUGAACCCCGGUGCGGAGUGGUAUGUCUUUCUCGAGACGGAUACUUAUAUGGUGUGGGAUAAUCUGUUCCGAAUGCUGGAGCAGUUCGACUCAUCGGUCCCUUUGUAUAUGGGAUCGCCUUCUCCGGGCCGCAGUAUCGGUGAUGGAAAAGUCAUGUGGUUUGCAUACGGCGGCACGGGCUUUGUGUUGUCCAGAGCUGCGGUUGAUACAUUGGUUGCGCGGGAGACUGGUAAAUAUGGGCAGUUUAUUGGACAAUCGUUCAGCGAACAGUAUAUGAAAGCUAUGGCAGAUGACUGCUGCGGUGACUCUGUGCUUGGAUAUGCGCUGUAUCAAAAGGGCAUCAAGUUGACUGGGAUGUGGCCGAUGUUCAAUCCGCACCCACUGGACUCGAUUCCCUUUGGUGACGGUCAUCAUUGGUGCCAGCCUGCGAUUAGCAUGCAUAAAUCGCAAUUGAGUGAUAUGACUGGACUGGCAGACUGGGAGGAUCAGAGGGAUAGAACGAAUCCUCUACUAUACGCAGACUUGGCCGACUACCUUCGCCUGGGACAUUUGCCAGAGCGACAGGGAUGGGAUAAUGGAGACUGGGGUGGAAUUAUCGAACAGCCUCAAACUCUGCCCCAACAUGAAUCAUUAGAAGCCUGUCGUCAGGGGUGCCAUGACAGGGAUUGGUGUAUGUCUUACACGUAUGACAACGCUGGAACCUGUGUGUUUGUCAAGACCUUGCGACUUGGAGGUGCUAGCAAGCCAGACAUUGCGGACAGAUUCACAGCUGGAUGGGACAACGACAAGAUCCAGACUUGGCAGGCAAACAACAAGUGUAAAAAGCCCAUGUGGAUGAAGCCGAGCACCACAAGAAUUUUUUGA